GUAUCAUUAUUCAUAUCAUUCCUAUACAUGAAUAUUGUGUAAUAAAAUAUGAUGAUCAUCGUGACAAAGUAAUAAAGACAUAAAAUACCUAGUGACUAGCCAAGUAGAUAUUCGCGGUGUUUUGUAUUCGUUGGAAAUUGAUUGUGUUGCAGCAGCUCAUCUUUAAUACGUAAAUUAUUGUUGCUCGAUAGAAGGCUUUCAAAGGACGGCCCGUUAUUAACUGAUCGACAGUAGUAAAUCAAUGUCGGAACUGGAUUGGUGGAUUAAAAUUUAGAACAAGUUAUAUUGUCAUCAUUGUACGGUGUUUGCUGUUGAACAGAUAAAUGGAGUCACCUGAAGAAAUAAAUGGUCAUAAUGAGGCCAAUAAUGAAAUAAAAGUAGCAGAAUGUGCUGUGAAGGAAGAGACUUCUGAAUGUAGUACGAAGGAGACAACAACCGAAAUUGCCGGGGAAGAGCAAAUGACAGAAUCUGUUGUAAAAGAGGAAGCCUGUAAUUUGAUUCUUGACUCCCCAUCUGUUGAGUUCACUAUAAUACAUAACAAAGACAAAUAUAUAGUUUCCAUGCCAUUAUUGUCCACAAUUGCGCAACUUAAAAACAAACUGGUUGACAUGAUAGGUGUUCCAAGCAAGAUGCAAAAAAUCAUGAUCAAGGGUUUGGCCAAAGAUGACCAAACUCUUGAGUCUUUAAAUGUCAGUUCCUCCUCCAAAAUUAUGGUAGUCGGUGCCAAGUUACAAGAUAUUGUAGCUGUAUCUGUAGCAAAUGUUGAGGAGGAAUCGAGUUCAUCUAAAUCGAGUUCAUCAACUAAAGAACCAUUAUGUAAGAAAAAAUUGCAUCUAAAAGUGUUGGAACGAGGUAUACCUGAUGAUGCUUUAGUUGGGAUUUUAAAUAUUAAGGAUCCGUUACCACCACAUCCUUUAAGUGGAAUGCUUAAUAAGCAUGGAGGAAAAGUAAGACUGACAUUUAAAUUGGAAGUGGAUCAACUUUGGAUAGGCACUAAAGAACGAACUCAAAAGGUAGCCAUGAAUACAAUUAGGCAUGUGGUUAGUGAACCAAUUGAAGGACAUGAAGAGUAUCAUAUAGUGGGUUUCCAGUUGGGAACAACAGAAGCAUCUCGUUAUUGGGUAUAUUGGGUACCAGCACAGUAUGUAGACUCCAUAAAAGAAGCUAUAUUUGGUGGUUGAUCAUGUUGUUAUGAUUCUAGUCGAUUUUUUCUAUACAACGCUUAUUAUUAUAUACAUUCAUUUAAAACAAAUUAUAAGUAUGAAUGUUUAAUUUAAUUUUAACAGCUCAAAAUUUUUCUUUCUAUUAUUAUUCUUGAAAAACUUUCUUACCAGAUUGUAUUUAUAAAAAUCAUUAUUUUGUUUUCCAAUAUUGUAAAUUAUAAAUACACAUUUCCUGAACGAA